AUGCGUGGCCUACCUUCCGGUGCUCUGGUACUUGCCCUUUUGGGUGCUCUCAUCCCUCAUGCCUUCUCUCAACAAGCCACCAAGACCUGCUCUGAGAUUCUGGCAGCUGGCCCUUCUGGAGAAGAAGCUCAACAACAAGCGGUACUUUUAUGCCAAUUGAGCGAGUCAGCCACCCUUCUCGCUCAACUCGGAGGUCUCGUUUCUGAGGGACUCGAACGUUUGAUGACCACUCAUGGAAUCGCCGACGACAGCGAAGAGCAAAGCGAUUCGGCAAGAGAAAGCACGAAUAUCUCCGAUUCGGAAAGAGGAAGCACGAAUACUUGCGAUUCGGAAAGAGGAAGCACGAGUAUUUGCGCUUCGGUCGCAAGUAAAAACCCGUCAUAUCAAAAUUGU